UUGAUCUGUGCUGCAUGGUGAAAUUAUCAUCCAUCUCUCUGUUUUUGGCAUGCGUUUGAUAGGCGAACCAAAGUGAGAGGGGGCGACAGAGUAAAACACAAGGAGCUGCUCGAAAAAAGUUGGUCACAGUUAAUUUUCAAUGAGAGGGCCGAGCGGUAUGGAAAGCAGGCGUAAUCCCACGAAACGGGCCGAAAUGUGGAGUGCAUACGUGAUGUGUGGAGGCAACGUCCUGUGUCGCCUCAGAGUUAACAAAGGCCAGCCAAACACCCAGUUCUACCGAGGCCCCCAUUUGGACUGUAUGGAACGCAGCAACCAUGCAAGACUGUGAUUACUACCUGUGUCUCACCGUCUACAUCGUCACCUUCAUCACCGGCUUCCCCGGCAACAUCCUGGCCUUCUACACGCUCAGCCGCAAGGUCUGGAGAAAGCCGGCACCCAUCGACAUCCUCCUGCUCAACCUGACCAUCUCAGACUUGCUCUUCCUCAUCUUCCUCCCCUUUAAGAUGCAAGAAGUGGCCAAUAAUAUGAUAUGGAACAUCCACUACUUUCUCUGUCCGCUGUCUGGUUUUAUCUUCUACAUGACUAUCUAUAACAGCACCUUCUUUUUGACCGCGGUGAGCGUGGAGCGCUAUCUCGGCGUGGCGUUUCCAAUCCAGCACUCCUUGUGGAGAAGACCCAUCUAUGCUGUGUUCGCCAGUAUAUUCAUAUGGGUGUUUUCCAUUCUUCAUCUAAGCAUCGUCUACAUCGUACCCUACUAUAACCCAUCUGGGACGGUCUCGCCGUCCAGGAACGUCUGCUAUGAGGCAUUCACCGACGCUCAACUUGAGAUUCUCUUGCCUGUGCGUUUGGAGUUAUGCAUUGUCCUCUUCUGCGUUCCCUUGCUUAUUUGCAGCUUCUGUUACAUAAACUUCAUCCGCAUCCUUUCGAGGUUGCCAAACAUUGGCCGGAGGAGAAAACUGAGGGCGAUUGGAUUGGCUUUGGGGACGUUGUUGGUGUUUGUGCUCUGUUUCGGACCCUACAAUGUCUCCCACGUGGUCGGUUUCAUAACCAAGUCAAGCCCGGAUUGGAGAGACAAAGCUCUUCUUCUCAGCACGUUCAAUGCUUGUUUGGACCCGGUUAUUUUUUACUUCACCUCUGCGGCUGUUAGAAACACAAUCGGGGCGAUGGUGAGGGGCAUUUGGGGUAGAUGUUGGUGCCCUCAAAUCUUAUGGAGCUCUAAGAAGGAACCUCCUGAAAAUGAGAAAAACAGUCUGCCCAAACCACAGGAGGCUGCAAACGCACUUUGACCAGCGUGCAAUUAUGUUUGUACACAAAUGCGGCAUGGUAAACAUUACUCCACUUCCUUGUAAGGCGACGAGAAAUGCCAAAACAAUACAACUCACAUGGACAGCGUUUUAUCUUAGCAGGGAAAGAAAAACACUGUAGCCAAACCGUGUGUACAUAAAGCGAAUUAAGAGUCGGCAAACAAAAGAUAAACUUCCUUUUGUUUAGUGUGAGCUCAUCUUUACAACAAACUUGCCAUCAUUCACUUUAUUCAAUAUAAGUAUGAGGACGUUGAUCGGCGGGAUAAACGAGCCACAGUCGCCGGCCGCAUGAAGGUCAACAGAUGCGCCGCUCUCAAGCACGUCACGUAAAUAUGUGAAAGGUUUUUACUUUUAAAGGCCGAUGCGUAUCUGGGAACUGACAGCGUGGUUUUUAUGAUGGUUUGUGUACGUGUUUGAUGAAGGGUGCAUGAUAGGAACUUCUUCAUUUUAAGCGUCCAGGAAGUGUCAAAUCUCGCACUGCAGACGUUAAUAGUGAAAGAAAUGCUGAAAAUGAAGACUGUAUACUUAUUCCAGAAGUGUGUGGUUGUUUUGAUGUUAAAAUACUAUUGAUGUUCAAAUAAGAACGGGAAUUAAUAGACUGAUUUCCCUUAAGUGCCAAAAUAAAUAAAUAAAUACAUUUCAAAAUAUACAGAAA